AUGAAUAACAUGAUGUUCGCGCCAUUGCAGCCACAAAGCGAAUUCGGCAAACGACUGCUCGCCAACUCAGAAGCACAGGCAGGUUCAGAGAGGAACGAUAUCUCGACGACUUGCCAGCUUUCGCCUCUGAGAUCAAGCAGCCGCAAAGCAGGCAGACCACGCCCACUGACCCUCCUAGAUCUUCCUGGUGAACUACGAAACCGGAUAUGGGCUUACAGCUGCGGCUACCUGCAGCUCGACCUGCGCUGCAUGAUGACUACAGCGGAGCGCAUAGCCCAGGCCUGCCCUGAAGUGCGGACUGAGCUGCAGAGCAUGUACUACGAGAACCAUAUAUUCAUGUUCAACCUGCGCAAUCUCCAAAUAGGCCGUCGCGUGCCCACGUGGCGGACCUGGAUGGCAGGGAUACAGAACGAGGACGCAAGCCGCCUCAAAAAUCUCGUCUUCUACUUCCCCGACUUCAUGCUCAAGGCAUCUAUCACUCCAGCUCCUCUAGCCAAGGACAAAAAGCUUCGAGUGGACUUCGAUUUCCGCCCCAAUGAAACUGACUCAAUAAAUCGACCAUAUCCGCCGUGGCUCAAGCACGCGGCAGACUCUCGCUUGGACGUGCUGUCUGAGCAUCUCUGUGCCUUUGGCAAUAUGGAUGGCCGUCUUGGAAGAUGGGGCGUCGAUCGUAUUGCGAAGAUAGCAUUUGGGAUGGUCGCGUGGAUGCAUCUGGGGCGUAUACGGCACGACUACCCGAUACUGUAUGCGCAACUUGAGGACGAUGAGCUCACGUACGAGGAAGAGAUGUUGCGGCAUGGUUGGACUUGUGGGCAGUGUGAGUGGGCUUGUGAGAUGACGGGAGUCUUGGAUGCAUGA